AUGGAAACGGGCACUAAAGAACUGGUCAUCUGUUCUGCCUACUUCCCUGGUGAUGCCAUGUUCCCCCCGCCAAAUGAAGUGCGAAAAUUAGUUGCCUUCUGCAGGGGGAAAAACCUUCAACUCCUCGUUGCUUGCGAUGCCAACUCCCAUCACACUACGUGGGGUAGCACGGACAUCAACGAAAGAGGUGAGCACUUAUUCGACUUCAUUCUAGAAGAAGCGCUUUUUGUAUUGAAUCGGGGCUCUGUUCCAACCUUUGUUACGAAAAAUCGGGCUGAGGUAUUGGACAUCAAGCUCUGCUCGCAAUACCUGAGCACUAAAAUCACUGACUGGAGGGUUUCUGACACGCCCUCUGGCUCAGACCAUAGAAAUAUUCAAUUUAACAUUGAAUUAGGCGGUAAACCCAUUCAGGAAUAUCGCAAUCCCAGAUUAACCGACUGGGAUGGUUAUAAACUAUCCCUGCAACGGAAUCUGAGAUCCAUCAACGUCAACGUUAACAAUCAUGAAGACCUAGAGAGGCUGGCCAACUCAAUGGGCCAAGCUAUAGUCUCGGCAUAUCAUGAUGAAAACUGUCCACUAAGAAAGAAAUCCGACAAUAGGAAAGUAUCUUGGUGGAACUCAAAAUUAGAGAAACUUCGUAAAGAGGUUCGGAAAAAAUUUAACGGAGCAAAAUCAGCAGGUGAAUGGGAAGUGUAUCGUCAAAUCCUCACCUUGUACAACAAGGAAGUAAGGAAGGCCAAAAGGGAGUCUUGGGAAAACUUCUGCAGCAGCAUCGAAGAUGCUGCAAGCGGGACAAGACUCCACAAAAUUCUCUCCAGAGAGCCGUCUUUAAUCUGUUAA